GCAAAAGGCAGGGGUAGUCCCUUGUCAGGACACACAGGAGAGUUCGGGAGUGGAAGCGGGGCGGUAGAAACGCGACAAAUGCGGAGAAGGCCGAGGGCUUGCACCGACGGCGAAGGGCGGGGAGUCCGUGAUCAAGAGCGGCGGCGCUGCGGCGCGGUAGGCGGGACUAAGGAGAGCUAGGCGGGGAUUGGCGGGCAGCCCUGAGCUGCGGUACGUCGGCGGUGACGCUUGGCUCGGGGAGGGUGCGCGCGCGUUCAGCGGCCUCUUUGUGUGGUGCCUAGGUAGGAGAGCGGAGGUGGUGGUGGCUGUGGCGGUAGUAACGGCCUUGGUUGUCUUCCAGUUUUCUCAGCUCGCCCUCUAGCCGGCACCUCUCCCCUUCCCUCCCCCUUCCUUUUUUCCUCCUUCCCUCCCCUUCCCUCCUUCCCUCCCCCGCCGGUGACCGGCGGCGGUGGCGGCUCCAGCAACGGCUGGGCCCAAGCUGUGAAGAGGCUUUAGUCAACGAUAACGGCGACGGCGAAACCUCGGAGCUCGCAGGGCGGGGGAAAGGCCCGGCCCUUGGAGAUGGAUAAUUCCCAGUUGUGUAAGCUGUUCAUAGGCGGCCUCAAUGUGCAGACGAGUGAGUCGGGCCUGCGCGGCCACUUUGAGGCCUUUGGGACUCUGACGGACUGCGUGGUGGUGGUGAACCCCCAGACCAAGCGCUCCCGUUGCUUCGGCUUCGUGACCUAUUCCAAUGUGGAGGAGGCUGAUGCCGCCAUGGCCGCCUCGCCCCAUGCAGUGGACGGCAACACGGUGGAGCUGAAGCGGGCGGUGUCCCGCGAGGAUUCGGCGCGGCCCGGAGCCCACGCCAAGGUUAAGAAGCUCUUUGUUGGGGGCCUUAAAGGAGACGUGGCCGAGGGUGACCUGAUCGAGCACUUCUCGCAGUUUGGCACCGUGGAGAAGGCCGAGAUUAUUGCCGACAAGCAGUCAGGCAAGAAGCGUGGCUUCGGCUUCGUGUAUUUUCAGAAUCACGACGCGGCAGACAAGGCCGCGGUGGUCAAGUUCCAUCCAAUCCAAGGCCAUCGUGUGGAGGUGAAGAAGGCCGUCCCCAAGGAGGAUAUCCACUCCGGUGGGGGCGGAGGCGGCUCCCGGUCCUCCCGAGGCGGCCGAGGCGGCCGCGGUCGCGGUGGCGGUCGUGACCAGAACGGCCUGUCUAAGGGCGGCGGCGGCGGUUACAACAGCUAUGGUGGUUACGGCGGCGGCGGCUACAAUGCCUACGGAGGAGGCGGAGGCGGUUCGUCUUACGGUGGAAGCGACUACGGUAACGGCUUCGGCGGCUUCGGCAGCUACACCCAGCACCAGUCCUCCUAUGGGCCCAUGAAGAGUGGCGGUGGCGGCGGAGGAGGCAGCAGCUGGGGCGGUCGCAGUAACAGUGGACCUUACAGAGGUGGCUAUGGCGGUGGGGGUGGUUAUGGAGGCAGUUCCUUCUAAAUUUUUUUUAAGUACCUGGGAGUGGCUAUAGGGGUAGCUCUUCAACCACCCACCUAGGGUCAGUUCCCGAGUCCCUUCCCCUCCCACCGCCCUCCCCAUUUUGCCCUUGGGGGAGCUGCUUCUAAGGCUGCUUACUCUUGGGGGUGUUGCCCAGUUUGCCUGCCACCUCUCUCGUCUCUGCCUCUGAAGAUGGACUCUGCCCCACAUACACAUUUUUGUGUUACAGUUAUUGAUGGACUAUAUUUUUUUAUUAUUACUUGGACUUUCGUCGUUUUUAUACUAGCAAAAUGUCUUGUUUUAAUUUGUGUUUUUUGGGGGGAGGGAGUGAACUUGCUGAUUCUGUAGCAAAACUUGGGUGGGAGUUGGGGUGGGGGGGUUAGUUUACUUUGUUGUGAGGACUUGAUACCUGGCUACAGCGUUUUCUAUGAAAUCUACUUGGAUCCCAUGCCUGAAGUUUGGAAGCAUAUGUACAAAAAUCAUUUUUACGUUUUAUUUUUAAUAAACCAUUGUGUUUGACCGUACAUGGUGUAACAUUUUUUUUCUAUGAUCCAUUUCGUACCGUUUUAAGGGAUAUUAGUUGAAAUUUUUUUUGUGUUAAUUCUUAAUUUUGAUGUGUACUUAGAGGGACUUUUGAAAGGUCCUGGUUUUUUUUUUUUUUUUUCAUCCUGUUGCCCUAGUAGUGAUGUGUUGAAUUUUAUCCCUUUUCAGGCAAAACUUUUAAAAUGGUGGAUGUGGCUUUUUAAAAAUCUUUAAAGUUUCUGUGCGACCAUCUCUUGUACUAAAGGAUUUGUUUAUCAUCUUGACAUUAUUGGUUACUUCUUUUUAUGAGAAUUUACUUAAACGUAUGUACCGUGCAGUUCUAAAGAAAUAUUUUGUGUAAAGCAUGUGUUUCAUUCAUAUAAACUAUUUAAAAAAUUUCA